AAUCUGCCUCUUUUACAUAAAUGUCUGUCUGUGGUUUAUUUGUCAAUAGCUGCUUGUGUCUGUGAGUUGGAUUGAGUUCACAGGCCAGACUGGCCGACCUAUAUAUCCUCUACUAUAACUGACCUGGUCAGUGCUUGUCUCACUACAAAAAUCCCUUUAGCCAACAGUUUGAUUUUCUAGGCGGUGGGAUUAAGUUAUGCAAAUGUCUGGAGUGUUGAAUGGGGCCGACCUUGACAACUGUCCUCAAAGCUCUAUUAAAAACUAAACAGCUCUUAUAUGGGGUUAGUUUGGUUAUCACUGAGUGUGUGGUAUGUCUUUAAAUCAUGCAGCCUAAAUAAAUCGCUAGUUUAUGAGAAUCCAAACAUUUCUGAGGAUCCUGAUAAACCAGCUCACAUAAAUUACCCAGAAUGCCCCCUGUGUGUGCAGCAGGUGUUGCUGUAGUCCCGCUGUCUUCAACAGAAGGUUCCAGUCCAGACACCUCAUUCCACUACUAACUCCUGCAUGCAGGUCAGACAUGCUCCUGCCCCUGGCCCGACUACGAAACUGUUACAUGGCAGAUUGUUUUGUAACAGUUUUUCUAAACUCGGCCAAUGAGAGCAGUUGGAUGGCAUCACAUGACGCGGCUUUUACGUAAGGUUUUUUUUUCCCUCCUCUGCUCCAUUGAGAAUUACAUCGGCUCCUGCUGGACCAGACUAUGACUGACACCGCAGUCAGUGCGUCCGGGCUGCAUGCGCGAGCAUGAGCGCCAGUUCUGGGGUCCCGGUAUGCGCAGUGCGGGCUCUCUGAGCGGAUGGACUCGGAGCAUGGAGACGGAGGAUGAGAGUAUGCUGCAGCUUGCAGCUGAGGCUUUCCAGUCGAAAAACUUCGACCUGGCAGCGGAUAUCUACGAGUGUCAGCUAGCGGGGCUCAGAGAUGUAGGCAGCCGACGGGGGCUGAUGAUAAAGCGGGCUGACGCGCUCGCUUUCGGGGGGAAAUUCGCCGAAGCUUUCGAUGUGUACAGACAAGCCGCUGAGAUUGAGAGACUGAGACCCACACAACUGGAAAACCUCAUAGAGUAUCUGUCCGGGAACAUUAAGAGGCAGGUGAAGGGAGAGGCGGCAGAGGAGCCUGGAAGCCCCGCGGAUGAUGCUACAGGUUGCGGGUUCAGAGACUUCUCCUGCCGGAUGUGUCUGAGCUUUCUGUUCGAGCCGGUGACCCUGCCAUGUGGGCACUGCUUCUGCAAAAACUGCCUGGAGAGGGAGAGGAAGGAGAGGGAGCAGCCGGUGAUGUGCAAGGAGUGCAGGGACAGCUCCAGGGUAGCAGACGUGCAGAGUUACCGGGUCAACGUGGUCCUCAGCAGCCUGCUGGCCAAAUGCUUCCCGGUCCUCCACCAGGCUGGCCGGCUGAGGCGGGAGGGAAACGGUCUGUACGCGGAGAGGAAGGUGGAAGCAGCGCUGGAGAAAUACAACCAGGCUAUACUGAUAGCACCGAUGGACCACAUACUGUUCCGUAAUCGCUCCCAGAUUCACUCCAGUCUUAAACACCAUGAGAUGGCCCUCAGGGAUGCAGAGAUGGCCUGCAGACUGAUGCCGGACUGGUCCAAGGGUCAUGUUCGUAAAGCGCAGGCCUUAGUGUCGCUGGGCAGGACAGAGGAGGCUCUGAGAGAGUACCUGGUCUGUUUGUCCAUAGAGCCGGACUGCAGACUGGCCAAGACUGAGGCUCAUAAGCUUCUCAGUGACCUCCUGGCUCCUGUUACAGAUCAGGUCCCAGGACAGAUCUCAGAGUUCUCCAGUAUUCAUUCUUUACGAACGCACAUAAAAAACAUAAACACUCCAUCUCAGUCAAACAGUCCAAGCUUGGUGUCAUCACUGUCAAACUCUGCCUCUGCUCCUCCUGCGACCAAGAGUUCACAUGACGGUGAAGUCGAUGGUCGGGAAAAGCCAGAGGUCAGACGGCUGGAUCACUGUUUCCUGCUGAAAAGGAAACGGAGGAGCUCAGAGGAGGAAGGAGACAGACAACCGAGAAGGGACGAUUACAAGAGAUCCAAGACGGCGACAGAGAAUGUGGCCGGUUCUUUGAGCUCCGAGGUCAUCAAGGUUUUUGACCCAACAGACCUGGAGUGUUCGCUUUGUAUGAGACUUUUCUAUGAGCCAGUGACGACACCAUGUGGCCACACUUUCUGUCUUCAGUGUCUUGAGAGAUGUCUGGAUCACAACCCCAAAUGUCCUCUCUGUAAGGAGGAGCUGUCAGAGUACCUGGUGAAGAGGCAAUACUGUAAGACGGUUUUAAUGGAAAACCUGAUAUCCAAGUAUCUUUCCACUGAACUCACAGAAAGACAGAAGAUGCAUCAGGAGGAGAUGGCUGAGCUCUCAAAUCUUAACAAGAAUGUGCCUAUAUUCGUCUGCACCAUGGCCUUUCCCACUGUCCCUUGUCCUCUCCAUAUAUUCGAGCCCUGCUACCGCCUCAUGAUCCGACGAUGCAUGGAGACAGGAACCAACUCUUUUGGGAUGUGUCUGGAAGACAGUCUCAAAGGGUUUGCAGACUACGGGUGCCUGUUGGAGAUCCGGGAUGUGAAAUUCUUCUCAGACGGCCGUUCAGUCGUGGACACCAUUGGCAGACGGAGGUUUAAAGUUAUUCAGCAUAGCAAGAGGGAUGGAUACAAUACAGCUGAUAUAGAGUACCUAGAGGAUGUGAAGGUGGAGGGUGUAGCAGAGCUGGAGCUGCAGUCUCUUCAUGAUACGGUGUACGACCAGGCCCUGGUGUGGGUCAACUCCCUGAAGACGGAGCAGAAGGAACGCAUCGAAGGACACUUCGGACCCAUGCCGGGAAAGGACUCUGUGCUUCAGGCCAGUCCCAACGGUCCCUCCUGGUGCUGGUGGUUACUAGCUGUUCUUCCGUUAGAAGGCCGAGCCCAGCUGCCUUUCCUGGCUCUUACCUCUCUCAAAGACCGCCUCAGUGGCAUACGGAAGGUGCUGCUCUUCAUGGCCCACAGCAGGCAUCGAUGACAUGCCUCUCAAGCAUGAGCCCACCUUAAAAAUGCAGUAAAUCACCUGCUGGACGAACUCUCUUAUCCAAAGCAGCAGUUGACCUGUUGUUCUUCCUUGAUGCACAAAGAACUGAUGAUGUUGUUGCACCUUAUCUGUUGUAGCACUGCCAAGUCAGGUAGCAGCCUAUAUACACGUAACAGACCUAUAUUUACAGACACCAUGACAUCCAUGCUCAUUUUUUACUUUCAUCUUCCAGGAAGUAAGCCAAGCAUUCCUGCACGUGUAAACUAGGGCUGAGCAGGAAGAAAAUCUGAUUGCUUUAAGGCAGUGUGAGUAAGACUGUGCUCCCUCCUACCCAGUUUAACCAAACUAGUAGCUUCCUUUAAACGUGCUUAUGGUCUGAAACCUCGUUCUUACAUGCAGUACUUCUCAAAUCUAAGGGUCUGCACACACAGUGCCCAAAUGUCGAAGAGCGUGCAGGACGUCUGCAGAGAGAAAACAAACGCACCUGGAAGAACGAAUAAAGUGACCAUAGAGAUGCUCUUUUUGUAUGACUCCUUCCACAUCAUUCAGAAAAACAAACUAAUACCAAAUUUCAGAUCUUACCGUCUCUGAUGAUUGCUCUUUAAUUUGUCCAGGUGAAUCUGUUGCCUUUCUUGCUCUAUUCCACUUCUGUAGCUUCAUGGUCUUCCUCCUUUACAUGGUGCACAUAGAAACACCCCACACACUUAAAAAACUUCAGUGGGAGUGUUUUCUUAAAAUCUCAGUUAAUUUUCCCAAGAAGACUCUAAGCAGUCAAAGCUAUGGAGUCAUUAUUGUUACAAAACUCAACAGCAUUUUUUUUUUUUAGAUUUUGAGAUUAAUACUAAAAUGUCUGCAUGCUCUCAAAUCUUUUUUGUGCGUGCUCAAAUGUCCUUCUCUGGUAUUCCAACCAUCAUUCUCGUCUCGUUCAGGUUGAUUCUGCUUGCUCGUGAAACCGACUCUCUGAUUUUUAUCUGUGUGCAGACUUUCUCUGUGUGAUCAAAAUAUUGAGCUCAAAGUCUUCACACUUUUCCAGCAGCUCUGGUUCUGGUAGCAACCCCCCCCCCCAAAUCCUUCAUAAACAUUUUGCAAAAUCAACACCUUUAACCCCUGUGCCGCCCUCAAAUUUACUACCUUCUGGACACCAUCGAGGCAAAAAAUGUACACAUACAGAAAAACUGCCAUUAAAUCAGCAUACAUCAAUAUUUUUUUCUACUUUUUUUCAUAAAUCUCUUUAACAACUUCAGACCUGCUCGAAAAUACCAAACAUUCAUUCGUUUUCAGAAUUUUAACUCUUUAAAUGCCAGUUAAAUUAUUUGAAAUAGUUUAUUUUUUACUACAAAAACACAAAAAAUGCAUUAUUUUCCAUAUAAUGACUAGUAAAAAGAAGGGGCUUUGGUGGUGAUAGGAGUCUUGAAUGGGUCAAAGAUGAGCAACAAAACUGAUUUGAUUGCAUUUGUAUUUUUUAUGUAGUGCCAGCUUUAACAUUAGGAAACCCUAUGGACACCUUUGAGGCAAAAAUAUACAUGUACAAAAAAAAGACACUGUUAUAUCACCAAUCAUCAAUACUUUUUUCUACUUUUUUUCAUAAAUCUCUUUAACAAAAAUAUACUAAUAACAAAACAAAUACUUUUAACAAAAAAUAUUUCAAAUAUUAUAUUUGAAAUAUUUAAUUUGUUAUUGCAAAAACAUGCAUCAAUAGCGUAUAAAUGACAUGUAAGAGUAAAACGUGUUGGAUUUCAAAAAUUAAACUAGAAAGAAAAGUUCCUGCAGAAAUUCAUGAUAAAACUGCCAAAAUGAUCACAAAUUAAAAAAAAAUGUUGAGAAAAAUGUACAAAAAGGCCUGAGGAGGGCAUAAAGGGUUAAAGCAUGAACCAAGUGAACCAGCUACCUGAAUACUCGAGAAAAUUAAACAUUUCAGUUGGUGCAAAAAAACACAAAGAAAAAGCACAAAACAGAACAAUCCACAGUGUUCUCAGUCCACUUCUAAGUCCUAUAACUCCAACUCAGUUCCUCAUACAGACUUAAUUUAGGCUAAUUAACUAUUCAGCUAUUUACGCUGGAUCCACUAUUUUGCUAUUGUUUACAGAUUUUUGAUCAUUUCUGUAAAAGUCUGAUGAGGAUUUCUGGUUCUCAGACUUUUACCGUGUGUCUAUGUGACAGAAUGUUGGGACCCUCUUAGGCCCUGUCCACAUGGAGAUGAAUUCAGGAGUGUACGUAAAUAUUUUUGUCAUAUUUGCGUUUCAUCCACACUGAAACAACAUUUUGGGGGACUGUAAACGCUACUUUUUGAAACCAGGUCCCAGAGUGAACAAAUCUGUAAACGCUUCCCGUGUCGUCUCUGUGUGGACGGCCAACCACAUCUUUCUUGAAAUGAUAAUGUCAUACAUGGUGUAAGCCCAUAGCGCAUGCACGAAUCAAACCAGCACAACAAUGGCGGAUAAUAGGGCUGUGUUCAUGCUGCAGAAGCUACUGAGCUAAUUCAGGCUUUAUCAGCAAACUCUGAUGUUCCUUUACCACCGAGAACAGCAGACACCAGACGUUCUUAAAUCCAGAGAACAACCAGAAGAACCAAGAGAAAGUCUGUGGCAGAUUUCCGUAAACUUCUUAUCUCUUUUGGUGCAUUUCCGUGGCAGUGUUACAGCGCCACUUACAGGCUUGGCAUAUAUACUACAGCGUUUUUAGAGGUUCUGUGCUUACGCAGACAUUUCCUGAAAUGAUCCCAUUUUUACCGAAAACUUUUUCAAAACAAAACGGAAAUAUUUUCAUCUCCGUCUGGCAAGGCCUUAGUGGGAUCAAAGCAAAUGCAUGGCAACAAGCAGAGCUUACGUGAUUGGUCUGUGCUCUUCCUGUUUCCUAUUGGUUGGUUCAUCAAAAAAUGAAAAGGACGUUUUUACUGAAAGUUUGAAGAAAAUCUAAGUCUUAAAUCAAUGAAUCUCAGAACAUUAAAAUGCACUCCUGACUUUUGCAACAACAAUGACUCCAUACAUGGCAAAUUUCCAAAUCAGGAUCUUAGUAAAUCCAUCCUUAGUUCAGGGCAACUUCACCUACUAACAAAAUGAUUGUUACCCUGCAGCUCACUAUAAUAUUUGCCUUUUAGUGUUAACACGCCACCAGUAAGCCGAGAACAGCAGAUUUUUAAACUCCAGUAGAAGUUUAGUGAGUCUGACAGCUUUUCUGUCCUUCCAUCCCAGUAAAAACAUCUAAACCUGUUCUUCAUGGAGCGUGGUUGAAAUCUCUUCCUCUUGUUUUUUACUCAUCCUUUUCUGCUCUUUUGGUAUUUUUCCCGUUAUUUAUUUUGUCAUUAUUUAUGCAUGCAGUGACAGUGUUUAUGUUUCACUGAGAGAUGCUGGGCUGCUCACUUUCUAAAUGCUGCAACAAAAAUCCAUCAGUACCAUGUUCCUGUAGCAUGCUGGUAAUCAAACAGACAUGCAUGCAGAGAUUUGAGCCUCCCCUGAGAAAGAUAGCUGCCAUUAAAAACUUAGAGCAGGUUCCCUCUCGUAGCCGUUUGGAAUCCAGAGCUAUCAGGAGUCACUGUGAUCCCAGUCAAAGAUGGAGCCUGUCAGUAACAGGAGAGCAUCAUCUGGAGUUCUGAUGCUGCUUUCUUCAUGUAUUUAUCUUCCAUUUAUCCACAUUUUACUCUUCCAUGUUUAAGUAAGGGAAAGACAUUACCGACAGGCCUCAGGAUCUGUAGUCUCACUGUCGCCAGGGUUAUUAUUAUUAUUAUUCUACCUUGUACAUAAGACAUUUUGGGAUAUUGGAAUAUAUUUGAAUAACUUGCAUCCCCCUGUGUUUCCAUUCAUGUGAAUUUAUACGAUGUAUGCAGCAAGUAAAGGCAAGUGCCUCCCAUUCAAAGCUAAAAUCAUGUGGAACUGUUUUACAGAUUAUGUAGCGAGAACCAGACACAUGACAAUAAAAACAUGUUUUUGAAA